AUGUCUAUAGACAAUCUGCUGGUUAUUUUGGCUGUCUAUCACAAAUCAACAUUUCGACAGAAAAGCCAACUACCUCAAAGAUCAUGCGUCAAAACAGCAGAAGAGGCACUUGAACGAAAACUUAACGAACUCUCAAACGCUGAUGACAUCGCUUUCUUGGAAGAAAACGCCAAAAGGGCACAACAGCAGUUAUCUGCCAUCAGAGGGUGCCUAUGCAGUCGGCUAAGAGGUAAAUGUCGAAAAGGCUGUCCAGCGUCAAAUAAGAAGGACGUAAUUGCUUUGGCAUUCUCCAAACUCAAGACCAUCCUGAAAUCGUCCAAACCCAAAGUCAACUUCAAGACUCGAAUCGUAGACUCUAACGGAAGCUACGAAACAUAUCAGCAAAAGACACUGAAGAAAGCAACAUCGACCAAAGUGCACCACCAAAGAGCAAGUAAAUGA